AUGGACUUGAGAGCUUUGCAUUUGGAGGAGCUCGUGCGGUGGUUUGACAGCAGCGCGGAGGCGGAGGCGGAGGAGGAGGAGGAGACCGGGUGCGUGAUAUUUUCUUCUUCAUGCUUAGUUUGUAUUGCUCUGCAUCUGUGUGGCUAGAAGAAUAAUACGGUGAUGAGGGCUUGGCCACGACGUGAAAUCGACUUUUUCUCGUAAUUUUGUGGGAUGGUGUAGCGGGAGGUAUUCCGAAGUUAUCAUUCUUCUUUUCUGGCGAACAGUUCGCUCAAUUUUAGCACGCGAUGAUAAGGAUUCGGGGAGUGAUCCGACGCUAUAUUGACUGGAGUUCGUUUGUGCUCUGGUGCUAGUGUGAUAGCAGUGUCCGUGUAUUCCGAAAUCAAUUUCGGACGUUGUAGUUUAACCCGUGGGAAUGCGUUUUGGAGUGCUUUGUGUUCAUAUUUUGGGGAGAAAAGUCUCGCCUCAGACGUUAGUAUGUGCCGCAUUAGCUUGUUUUUCUUUUUUUUCUUCUUUUCGUCUUUCUUUUUAGUUUUUUAGAAAGUAUUUCAUUUGAAUUGAAACGUAAAUAAUCGAAAAUUUUGAUCUACCUCAUUGUUGCGAGGUUUAGUGCAGAGAGGGAGAAUGAGAGAGAGAGAGAGAGAGAGAGAGAGAGAGAGAGAGAGAGAGAGAGAGAGAGAGAGAGAGAAGGUGGGGCGCUUGUAAGCGUACGUUGGCUUAAUGUGGCGAUGAUCGUCGCUCGAAAAGUGCGUUGAGAGGGUGGAUUUAGGGCUGGAUAGAGGCUGAACCUGUACUUCUCGAAUUUGAUUAUCACGAUUCUACUGUUUUUUUAUUAAAAAUGUUAGUAGGUUUGUAGCACUGGAUUUCCUGGUGUUCUGAAUGAGAAAUCAUGUCAGAUUUAAAGCAAGGAAAUGUUGACACGGGUUCAGCAUUGACCAUUGGUUCUAUGCGAAGGUAGUAGUUUUAUAAUUUUUUUGGCGAGAUGUCGUACUAUCCACUUUGUUUGGGAUUGAUCUUCUCUCAAAGUUCCUUUUCUGGGCAGGUGCUACAGUUUUUUUCUAAGUCUAGGGAUUUUGGUUGAAUCCUUCUCUUUUUCUUUUUUCUUUUUUUUCUUUUUCUUUUCUUUUUAUCAGGUUCUGAAGCCCUCGAGGUGUGACAAUGUCUGAUGACGAUGUCUGGGGGUCGGAGACCAUCGUAGGAGAAGAGGGCAAUCGUCAAGGGUCUCAUUUACAUUCGGAACUGGAUCAUGAAUGGCAGGCUCGACAUAAUCAGUUUCAUACUUUAGGUUACAGGGAUGGGGUGGAGGCAGGCAAAAAUUCAUCUGUGCAGGAGGGUUUCAAUUUAGGUUACGCUGAGGCCACUGUUGCGGGUUUUACCUGGGGUGUUGCUCGUGGCCUUACCAGAGCUUUCGCUGCCUUACCAGAUUCAUUGAAGGACACACUGGUUGGCGAAAGUGACGUAAGAGGACACUUGGAGGCUCUGGAUUCCUCUAUUUACAGAUAUUCUUCCACAGAUUCGCUGCGUACAUUUCACCGGAAUAUCAACAAAAUCCGUGAGGUUAGUGUAUCAAGCUCAGAUACAGUGUUGGAGUCACAAAACAUUGAGGAGAUUGGAAGACUUGAUCUGGAAUCGCAAAGAGAAGGGUCUCUGGAUAGUCGAGGUGAAACAAGGUCAAUUUCUAUAGUAGGGAUAAAUCGGUUACCCGAGUCUCAUAGUGCUGGCGCCUGGGAAGUAGAUAAUGGAGAUGAUGCUGCCAGAAAUGAACUGAAGGAGUUGGAGGAGAAAGUGCGAAGGGAGUUUCAGUUAACAACUAUCAAGAUUAGUGAUGUCCUUACAGCACCAAACCAGUGAUUCUAUUACGCAGUGAUACGAUUGUGGAUCAGAUUUUGGUUGAAAGUCCACCUAGUUGUUAGUGGCAUUUCAUGGCAAUAUAUGUUAAUAUUUAUACUAGAGAAAGGUUGCAAAUUUACCAACUCAAUGACUCGAA